GUUCACAGAAGCACAUGGGCAGCAGCUGAAGGUUUUUGCUCAAUAAUAAUGGAGGCCGUUCUCAUAGGAAUAUGCGAUGGAGCCAUAGACAAGAAGAAAAACGCGUCGUAUUUUACGAACAAAAUUGGAGAUCGACCGGACAUUCUUCCCGUAAUCACUCUCCAAUAUCCAAUGUGCACACUGUGCCAGAGAGGCCUCUCACAUGUUGUGCAGGUCUACUGCCCUCUUGCGGCAUCUCUCUAUCAUAGAACAAUCAACGUGUUCGCCUGCACCAAUCCACAUUGUAAUGGAAAAUCAGAAAGCUGGAUUGUCCUGCGCUCCCAGUGCCUGGAUGAUGAUAUCAAAGCUUCAUCAGGGAGACAGGAUGACAAAAGUGUACAGUGUAAAGAAUCAUCGAUAUCCAGAACAGACUGGAGUGAUGAAGCUGAUGAUUGGGGGCUGGAUGAUGAAGAACAAAACACUGUUGCUGAAAGCAGUGCACAGACUGGUGCAGACACUGUACAAACACAAUCCAACAGUAUUAAUGAUGGAAUGGAUGUCAAUAGCAAGCUUCAAGACCUUUGCAUUGAUGGAGGCUUGGAUCAUCAUAUCGCCCUCCAGCCCACCGAUGUGCCCAUAUUCCAGCCAUUCUACAUUAGCGUUAUGGAGGAAACCGACCUAGAUGGAUUUCAUGAUUCAGAUCAUGAAAACAAACUGCUUAGAGAGUAUGAAGAAAGGGAGGGAGUGAUAGUUGGGGAGAUUAGGAGUGGAGAAGCACUGGAGGAAUAUGAGAAAGCCAAAGUCAAGCAUGGAGAUGAAGUGUUCACAAGUUUCAUGAAGAAAAUCUCUCUCUGUCCAGAACAAGUGUUACGAUACAGUUGGGGUGGAUCGCCUCAAUUUAUAAUGGAGCCACCGUCCAAUUUGAAUCAAAAGGUGCCUUGCUGUGGUCAGUGUGGCAGCCUGAGAGUUUUUGAGUUUCAGCUCAUGCCUGCAUUGGUCAGCUUACUCUGUAGUGUAGACACGCAUUCAGACAUCGCACUGGAGUUUGGAACAGUUCUUGUGUACACUUGCAGAAACAGUUGUUGGAAAUCUGGAUCGACGUUUCCAGUGGAAGAGUUCCUCUUCGUUCAGUCUGACCCAGACCAAAAGCUCUUCAAAUGACAAUAUGUACAAUAAACAAAAACAAAAAACACAAUAAA